AUUUUCGAGUUUGCACCGACAUGCAGUCGCCACCUGCCAGUCCGCGCCGCCCGCAAGUCAAGCACGUCCCCAAGAAGAUCGGGCUCUUCCUCGACGGCACAUGGAAUGAAAAAACGUCCCAGACCAACGUGUGGAACCUCUACAUGCAAAUGGCCGACGCAAGCUUUGGCCACGUGCACCAGAUCCGCAAGUACUUUGUGGGCCUUGGCACCGGCGCCGGCGAACGCAUCAUUGGCGGCUUCUUCACGUACGGGAUGACCGACAUCAUCCGCAACGCGUACCUCUGGCUUGUCGAGCACUACAACGACGGCGACGAGAUCUUCCUCUUUGGUUUCUCGCGCGGCGCGUGGGAAGUCCGCGCGCUCCUCGGCAUGCUCGGGUCGGUGGGCCUCAUGCUACCAAACAGCCCACUGCAUGUGACGCAGCUCUGGGACCGGUUCGAGCGCUGCAGUCUCCCCGAGGACCACCCGCGGGCCGCCGCGAGCUUGCACCAGCUCGCGACCGGCGCCGCCGCCGAUGCCGAAGGUGCGUGGGUGCGCAAGCACUGCAAGGAGGUCAACAUCUCGUUUGUCGGGCUCUUUGACGUCGUCUCGGCCGAGCGCCACGAGUUUUUGCACAAGGACGGCGCGAACGGCAAGCUCGUGCGCCGUGUGUGCCAUGCGAUGGCGCUCGACGAGUUCCGCAAGUCGUUCCAGGUCGAGCACUGCGAGGUCGACCCCGAUGACAUCAACAACGAGUCGCGGGAGGCGACGCUCAUGGGCUACGAGUGGACCGAGCAGCGCUGGUUUGUCGGGUCGCACUGCAACGUCGGUGGCAGUAUCCCGUUCGACGAGCUUCACCGGCUACCGCUCAAGUGGAUCCGCGACUGCGCCGAAGACGCUGGGCUCGCGUUUCGGCACGAGUCGGAUGUGAUUCUCGACGGCGAAGAACACCACCGCCACUCGGAGCAGAUCUUUGACUCGAUGAGCUGGCCGUUCAUGCUCGUGCAAUUGGGGCAAAAACACAUCAGGACGCUCGGCAGCACCCACUCGCUCAACGAGACGAUCGAUGCGAGCGUCUUCGAGCGCUACCAAGACAAGGCCAUGAUGUAUGCGCCCCGCAAUCUCGAGGCGUGGGCCGAGGCGCGCAAGGUGGAUCUCAACACGAUUAGCAUUGGCCUGCGCAGCGUCGCGACAGGCGAGCUCCUCGUUGUCAAGGACACGGUCGCAGCCCCCGCGCCGGCGUCGUAAACAGCUAAUCAUCGUCGACCCUAUCCACUGCAUGCAUAACAACUACGGAAUGUACACCCUGUCCAUUUUAAACGGCUA